AGCUGUUGUCUCGCCUCUCUAGGCUGGUCCUAUAGUUGCAUGCACCACAAUCGAAUAUGCUAUACGCGCACAGCAUAUCCAACCCCUGCGGAUAGAGCUACCGAUCAUUCGCAUGUCAUUCCAUGGCGCAGCAAGGCUACGAAGAAGACCGCUUACGAAGAUGGUUCCCGGAAGACGCGGAAGGAGCUGCUAAGCACCUCAACGAGAGCGACAUAUGCGGGAUCGCGGAAGUCUUGACAAGCAGUUCGAGGGAUGCAUGGAGUCGCAUUCCAAGGAUUUACAGCAUAUUGAGGAAGAUCGGGGGAUUGGACGCAAUCGAUGCUUUCAUUGACGAUGGGUUCACAGACGUCUCUUUUCCGUUUUCUGGCACCACUUUACCCGAAGCACUGCGCGAUCACUCCGCGCGACUUAGGUUUCUAGAGCUGCAGCAUCUUGUCUACCAUACGGAAGCCCUCGACCUCGAACGGCAAGCACGACACGGCCACUUCAACGAUCCAAGAGACGUGCCUUUGAAGAAGGUUGGUGAACUAGGGAAGGGAGGCUUUGGAUACGUUGAUCGUGUUGUGAGCACGAUCAGUCACAAGGAAUACGCGCGGAAGCUCAUAUCAAGAGGGAAAACAUUAAGAAAGGACAAGCAGGUUCUGCGUGCCUUUACCAGGGAGCUAUCAAAUCUCAAAGGUCUAUCGCAUAGACAUCUUGUGAAACUCGCUGGAAGUUACACCGAUAGAAAAUGGGUGGCCAUCAUCAUGCUUCCAGUGGCGGACAUGAACCUGCAAACAUUCUUAGACAAAAGUGAUCUCGACGACACAUCGCGGUCCUUCCUGAGACCCUUCUUCGGGUGUCUCACUUCGGCACUCUCGUAUCUACAUGACAAUCGUAUACGCCAUAAGGACAUCAAACCAUCAAACGUGCUCAUCAAGCAUGACCAGGUCUACUUAACAGACUUUGGAACAUCACUGGAUUGGUCCGGUUGCGACAAUAGUACCACAUUGACUGCGCCGCCAACAACACCACGAUACUGUGCGCCAGAGGUAAUGGCAUUUGUGGAACGUAACACGUCAUCUGACAUCUGGUCUCUUGGUUGUGUGUUCCUAGAAAUGUGGACGGUUCUGAAGCGUCAUACACCCGAGGAUUUGAAGAGCCACAUGUCAAGCCACGGAACCCACGUCAAGGAGUAUCAUCACAACCUCGAGGCCAUCGCUAGUUGGAUAAAAAUACUAGAGAAUUCGAUGGGGCCAUCCUGCGAUUUGGCACCGUCACAGUGGAUCCAGAACAUGCUCCAGCACCAGCCGAGAUCUCGUUGGAACUGCCAUGUCCUCGCAAAUCAUAUUCAGGAAGCGAGCACAGAUCCUUCGUCAGAGUAUGCCUUCAAGGGAUUGUGCUGCCUAGAACCGGAUGACGACACCAGCGAUGAAACACAAUCUUCUGAAAGUUUCGAUGAACAAUCCGAGACUGGGAGUAUCACACGAUCACCACCGACUCUCUCACGAAACAUUUCAGAACGGAUUACACCGCUAACAUCAUUGGACAUCUCUCAACCUGGAAGCUUGACAGGCGCUGAGUCUGUGAAGACUGCUGAUCUGGUACCACCAAUCCAGACUGAUACGCCGGUCCCCUAUAUAUUGGUCAACGACUACCACGUUCCUCCAGGAGCGUUUGUUGGAGAUGAAAGCGAGUCUUUGUCACGAGAGAUCAACCAACCUUCGGUAUCGACAAAAGCCUCGGGAGACGUGGACAUCGAAAGUGACGACACCAUGUCUCUUGCCGCCGUGAGCGACAACAGUGGCUCCAGUUACGAGACUUCGUGGAGAGAAGAUACGAACAAAACACCGUCACGAGCAUCUCCGACUGGACCUUUACCUUAUUCGACAACUAGACCUAAGAAUACGGAUAUGACUUCUGGUUCUCUAGCACAUCUUUCGAUUUAUUGCACACUUUGUGCCUCAAUGUUAUACCAUGCAACCGAUUCUGCCAGACUCCCCUGUUUUCACUGGAUCCACAAGAGCUGUUACGCCCAGGGUAAUGCACGCUCGAGCACUGCCUGUUCAACAUGCAACCUAGCAGAUAGGAAACCCGCCAGCCAAUCCAAUCGCAAUUUCCACGGAGAUGUUCAUGAGCUUUGGAAGAAGAACCAUCGGAAUCGAGUCAAUCAACGCAGUCGAGAUGGAGAGACACAAAGUUCUAUACCUAUUGCUGGGAAGGAUCUGCCCUCACCUCACAUCAGCGAAACCGACCUACAUGUGAGGUUUGAAUUGGGGAGAGCGCAAGAUAGACGUACUUCUCGGUCGACCCCAAGUAUUUACGCCGAUUCGGGUCCGCCAAAGCAUGGUGUAGUUACUGAGGGAACUUCCAAGAAGCGCGGGCCCAGAUCUGAAAAGACCGAGACAAAACAAAAGCCAAAGAAAAACCCCUCUAUAUGGAAAAACCUGCUUGGUGUAGAAGACAGAGCUCAAUCAGAUCGCGACAAAAUCCCUGCCAAGGAAUCCCGAAGCGAUCGCAAAUUUACUGGCGUCGACGACGAUCCAUCAGACGACCUCAUGUCACGAUACGAGGCAUUUCGCAAGAAACGUAUAGAGGAAGAAGCGGAGAGACUCCGAGAGGCAGAGAGAGAGCGCCUAGAGAGAAGGUUAAAGAGACGCAAAGAGAACGCCCAAAGCGACCACGAGUUCACCAGCGUCGACCGUGAGUCAUCGGCGGAUGAAAAAGCCCGCUAUGAGAGAUUGUACAAGAAACUUAUAGAAGAUGAGGCAAUAUUGAAUUUAGGUAGUUCGGGGCCUUUUGUCGAGCCAGCUACAAGUGGACAACCUCAAAGAUCAGGACCAAUCUACAGAGACUAUCCGCGAAGGCCAACUUCAGCAGGACCAAGGGUAAACGUUGUUCCGGCUAGAAGCGCACAAUCUCAACACGAGUCAGGGCAUCCAAGGUAUCGUACUGUGAAGCGCGAACCGUCGAGCUCGCGACCGAAAGUACUAGGCUUGCGGCCAGAAGAACUGUCUCGAUCCUACCACGCCGAGUGGGAAGAAAACCAGAGCGGGGACGAUUCUGAUGCUAGUAUGGUCGCGCAAUUCAGUAUCGCGAAACCAAGCAAGGCACCCAACGCUGAUGACAGAAGAGGAAGGCAACACUACGAUACAAGCCGACAUGGAUCUGAAGAAGCUUGGAGUGCUUCUAGAAGAAGUUCUCCACAGCCAACAUAUGACACACCGCUCGGCUCUGACCACGAAGACGUACCACGCAUACCGACGAUUCCCCAAAGGCGAUACGGACCUGAAGAUAUCAGGUGGGCUCCAAGAAGUGAUCGCACUGAUGCAAAAGCAGCAGGAUCUCAUGUACCAAGAUCUGGACCAGAAGAUGUCAGGUGGGCCCCAAAGCCAACGUUGAGGCGGACGGCUACAUAUGCAUAUUAGAUUCACUCAUAUGGUGAAUUAUACUCUAUGCGUCAUCUUGGUAAGCGUGUACGCAUCAGCAAGCGACGAAACAAUGCAUUGCUCUUGUUUUGAACAGUCUUAAUCUGAUGAUCAGAUGUACAAACACUCUACUGCUCGACAUUGAUAACUGUUGAUGGUUUGUCAUUCGUGGAUGUAUGCGUAUA